GGGGACUUGCUCAUCGACUAAAAUUAUUGUGAACCCAAUAAAGCAUGGUCAGGGCGUUGGAAGAAGAUAUUUGAUAUAAUAUGUCCCUCUUAUUCUUGACUUUUUUCCCUCUCGCCCAGGUCCCUACUUUCUUGAGCAAGAUUGUAUAUAUCUUUCCCGAAAUGUCUCCCGACUGCAGACUCAAGAAUCCUGGUUGCAGACUCAGGAACUUCUUCCGACGAAAAUCCUAUCAACUUUUGCAAGACUAUGAUGAAGACAUAGAAUUGAGAAGCACUCGCUCAUCUUCUGAGUCCAUUCCGAGAAUUUCAACGUCUAGAAGAUCGUCUACUUCGCAGCUAAGACGCCGCUCAAGUGAUAGUAUUAGAGAAUGGUUGGAGAUCCUCGAACCGCACCUAAGGGUGGUGAGCUCUAUGUAUGUGAAAAUUUGCACGGAUGGUUUUUCGUUACUAACAAGAUACGAAAAUAGAAGACUGAUGAACGCCUUUGCAAUUUAGACAGCAGUCAAAUUAGACCUGUCUUCCCCUUUCAAUCGUGGUUUCGUUAUGUCUCCAGCAUCAGUUCCCUCUCAGACUUAUACUCUCGACCAAUUGGCGCAUAUUCCAAAGUCUCAAGGCGCAAGAUCAACAUUCAACACAAAGAGGGCCAGGAAACCAAACGACUAG